AUGGUGAACUCUUACACAGAGUUGAUGCUCAUUACCGCCACGACGGUCGGCAAGAUCAUGCUGUGCUGUAUUGUGGGCCUGGUCGUCACGCGGUACUUCUCCACCCCAGAAGAAAGCUUAGUGGGUAUUUGCUUCAUUGCCAUGAGGGUGUUCAUGCCGUGUCUUUUGUUUUCAAGCCUCUGUCUGAGCGUGACGUGGGAGCAGCUGAGCAAGUUCUACUGGGCGCCACUGUUCGCCUUUCUGCCGAUGGGCCUCGGCUUUCUCUUUGCGGCGUUGCUGCGUGUGUUUCUCACAAAGGAGUACCGCUUCGUCGUAAUCCUUGGCAACACCUUCCAAAACAGUCUCACAUUCCCGCUGAGCAUUUUGAUGAACCUCAAGGGCAUUGAAUGGUUCACCGGCACUGCAGUCACGGACGCGCAGGAGUACAUCUUCCUAUACAACGUGGUCUGCUCGUUAGGCUUGUGGGCUAUCGGUGACCCCAUGAUCGCCAACGCGAAGAGGAAGGAAGUGGAGUUCGAAGAGGCGAUGGUAGCCAGACGGCGUCAGCACCACGAGAGUAGAAGCGUCAACAACGAAGCCGACGCUUCCGAAGACCGCAGGUUUUCCCGCCCACUCGAGCCCCGUGACGACGCCGUCGCAGAGAACAGGGAAGAAGAGGAAUUGUCGGUGCGCACAGCGGCAGCGCCGCAGCGGCACGGUGCCACCGCGUGCGACCAGCUCAGGUGGUACCGACCGGCGCACGCCAAGGAUAAGCCAAUCACGCCACCUCGGGGAUCCCCCAUGAUUGCACUGAAUGGUGAGAUGAACGUCGAAGAUACGGAGGAGAGGCCGAUGGGAUACCGUCUCAAGCGCCUGGGCCUGAUGGCUCUCAAGUCGAUGAAGUCCCCAAUAGUGCUGAGCAGCAUCGUUGGCAUCAUCAUCUCCCUUACACCGCCACUUCGGUGGCUAGUGAAGAGCCCUCUUGGCGAGCCCUUUGUCGGUGGCAUGGCCCUCGUCGGCAAGGGUGCCAUUCCGCUGCAGCUGCUGGUGCUGGGCGCCUCCAUUGUUGCCAAAUCCUCCAAUGACGGCCCGGCAUCCUCGACUAAGGAGGCGGAGGCGGCAACGUUGUCGCCCGCCAUAACUGGCGUGCCGCUGGGAAAUGCAGACGGCACCAUUCUGGACGUCUCCGCAUCGCAGUCCGACAAGACGAACAGCUAUGUGCGCUGGGUCACCUCAAAGGUGCCACCGCAGAUUAUUUUCACCUGGUGCACAGUUUUCACGCGACUGGUGAUUAUUCCGUGCAUUUGCUUUCUUGUCCUGCAUCUUCUUGUGAAGGCGGGUCUCAUGCCAAACGAGAAGCCAUUUUUGCUCUCGAUGCUCGUGGCCACCAUGUCUCCGACCGCCAUAAACUCGACACUGAUCUGCAUCAUGCAUGACUAUCAUGCCUGUAGCUACGCGCGCAUGAUGUUUUUCAUGUACCUCAGCAGCAUCAUCACGGCCUCCAUGUGGCUCUUUGUCUUCACUGUAUACCUCAAAGACUAG